AUCCACACUGUCAGUGACUACAUGUACAUGUAGAUAUGUUGGGCUAAAUUAUCUAGAACCAGGCCAUGUUGUUUUUUCUGACCUACAAUCAACAUUAUAUUCAGAACCAUUUCAUUUCUACUGUUCAUCACAUAUAUAAUUAUUGUCCUUAGGGGAGCUUGUUUUAAAUCAAGGUAUUUUUUUCUUGGAACUUUGAGGUCCCUCAUUCACAGGAUUGAAAAUGUGGCUGUUAAAAUAUUUGUACAAUGUAAAUAUGCGACAUUAAAAUGGUCAAUGCUAGAAACCCUGUAGUUUUUGCUUUACUGAUGAUUAGACCUGUCCUGCAUUCCACUUCAGAACCUACAAAUGAUUAUACGGUAGACAUUUUCAUACAUAUGCUGUGUUUUUGUCCACCUUUGUUGAAAUGCGGGAAAGGUCUAUGGGUUCUUUCUGAAACAACUACAACAGUUACUGUAUUUUCUUUCGUCACAGAAUUUCCUGAAAGAAAUAGAAAAUAUGUUCUCUGUGUUUCUAUUAAGCCACAGAAUCACUUGUGAAAGUUUGGGAGAACUUGGAAAAGCUGUGGGAACACUUGCCUGCCGAAUUGUGUUGCAACAGCAUUUCUUGUUCUCCCAAACAUUCUCUUGUGUUUCUAUAGCUUUAUAGAAACACAGUACAUGUUAAUUCUAUUUCUUGAAUGGCAUCGUGUUGCGUGCACACAAAAAAAUGUGAUAAUCAGUCUGCAAGUGCCAAUACAUGUAUGUCAUAUUCAAUGGCUACAUGCACAACUGAUAUAGUAUCUCACUAGUCACUGGUAUUUUUUUUCUAAAUGCUGCUUUUUUUCUCCUCCUUUUCUUCUGGCUUAAGACUAAAAACUGUUUUGAGAUGCUUACUUUCAUCGAACAAUUCAGCUGUCUGGUGGCAGAAUAUUUUCUGCUGAAGAUUUGAUGUAUCCGUCAAGUGGGAGAGGAAAAUGACCAAUUAAUGUGAAUGAGGGUUGACAAGAAUUUUGUUUUUGCUCUUGUUUGAACAUUAGCAUUUUUGCCAUCGUUGCCUCUAGAAUUUAAUCUGCUAACUCUUCCCACGAGUCUGAGUUUUUUAGCUCACUUGUGGGAUAUAUAAGUUAUGUCAACUCUCAGGUUCUCUUAGUUCAGUCGACGGAUGGGGUACAGUUGACAAAAAAUGAAGUUUGAAUUUCUCAUUUAGAUCUUCAGCCACAAAAACACUCUCCUCAACUUGUGGUGUUAUUUGCCGGGGCUCAUAUAGGUGUUGGAGAAUCAAAAUGUGUUUAAGUUGAUUUCAAACUUUGUUGUACAUCAGUCACUUACAUAAGUAACAAGUCAGAUUAGUUUUUAGAAAAUAGACUGGAUGUACGAUAUUUUUCAAAGGAAAUUGGAGAGACUAAGUAGCAGGGAAUGGGAUGAGCGACAUACGUAAUUAUAUUGCGUUGUUUUGUGGUCAUUAUCAGCUGUUCAUCAGCCGCACCCUAUCCUUGAAACUAUCAAAGCCUCUCCCAGCUUUUAAGACACUUGAGAAUGUUAAGGGGUUGAUUGAAAUAUUUAUCAUAGAAGAACAAGAAAUAACUAAGCCAUAGAAAAAAUUAGUUUAUUGCUUAAAACAUUGGGAAGGUUCAUCCAGUAUAAUUUUCUGAGUCGCGGCUUGCAUGACAGAGAAAUAAGCUUUCCAGCUUGAGCAAUAUAAUUAAACAUUUUUAACGUGACUAGAUACUGACUAAUGGCAGCUAAACGCUUAGGAUAUCAAGACUGAUAUGCGUGCAUAGAAAGUCCGUGGCGCAAUACCAAUAAGCCUGGCAGCUUCGUGGUUUAUAUUUAAUCUUAAGCACAGGCCUAUCUAUUUCCUCACCUUUGUCGUCUUCAACGUGAUAUUGGCCUUUUCAGGAAGCACUGUUAAUUGAUCUGCUUUUGAUAUAGAGGCUCUGCGCCACAGCUCUCAGUAAACCUUUUUGUAGGCUUCUAAUAAUAUCUUGUUGAAGAACUCAUGUAUUAUACUGCCAAGACUGCUACCUGUCUAGAUAACUGUUUGUGUAAGAAGUUAUAGGUUACAGAAUAGUUGUUUUACUGGUCAAAUUGAGAGUGAUCCAGGUCCAGCUUGUUUGAUCUUACAUGCAUGGUCAAGAUGACAAAACUGAUUCCCCCAGGCUUAUGCAGCUACUACAAUCCCACACCCCUCCCAUGCCCAUAAGUCAAACUACCCGGGGAGACAUGCCAAGUGAUGCAAGACGUGCCAGUGAUGAUGAAGAGUCUCACAACGGAACAAGAAGUUCUGCUUUUGUUGUCCACCCAGCUGAGGUGCAUCCUAGCAUGAGUGAACCAGCCACAAGGUCAACAGGCAUGCAUAGCAGGCCUGUGCAGACAGGACCAGUUUGUACAACCCCAGGUUUGUGUCAGGCUGGAGGAGAGUUAAGGCUGGCUCACCUCAAUGGGAAGUCUGUGAAAGUCUCUGAAGGGUUUGUGCUUGUUGGAGCUAAAUCUCCCAUGCUGCCAGGAAUGAUGCUGGUGGCAGAAGUGGACAGACGAUUCCUGCCAGAUGAGAAGAACAAUGCCACAAUGCUUGGAUUCAGUGGAAACUGCAUUGGCUGUGGGGCCAAGGGAUUCAGAUACUUCACAGAGUUUUCAAGUCAUAUUAAUCUGAAGCUUGCCACGCAGCCCAAGAAACAGAAGCAUUUGAAGUACUACAUCAUCAUUGAGCCCAGUGGUAGACUACACAAAGGACCAGCUAUCCCGUGGAAAGUUGAAGGAAGAAAAAGAACUUUUCCACUUACUGGACCAUACAUUCCUGCACCGUAUACAUCUUCCGACUCUGAGAAGUCCAAUGAGAUGCCUAGGAACAGUGCAACAUCAGCUCCACAUCACCUGCUGUCUCUACAGUCUCAUUCAACCUCCAUUCAAGGGCAGAGUAUGACAUCACCAAGAGAUGAGGGCCUGCUGUUAAUGCAAUCAACCAAUCAGAACGCUUCUGAGCAAGCCUAUCAUCCGGGACUGAAGAGAGCGCGCUGGGAGUCUGGAGGCAGUGAGUCGCCAAUAGAAAGUGAUGAUCAAUCCAGUGACACUGCAAGAUCUGCGUCAGGAUCUGAUGUAGGAGAGCUGCCGUCCGAACCCUGGCUUACCACGGCAUGCGGUGUUCGUCCUGUACUCCUGUUAUGCCAGCAUUCCAUACCCAAGAUGUCCUGCACUGUGGAGGACAUUAUCAUCAGUGACCUUCUCGUGGGGUGCUUUGACCCUCCUCUCGUCUCAGACCGUAACCAGUUUGGCAACAUUUCUGGUGUAUACAGCACUGCCCCGACUUCUUUAUCAGAGAGGCCAUUUUACGGUAGCGUACCGUGUCUUACUACACAGAUGGCAGUGCUUCUCAUGGUGCAGUAUCUGUCGCAGUUCGUGGACGACGAUCGCAUCAGUCGGGAAGACGUGGAAUCUUUACUACAAGAUGCCAGGCUGGAGCUGACGGCGUCCGUCCAACAACAGUCUCAUCUACUCGCUCAGAGCAAUGCAGUGACACACGUUCAGCUUCCAGUGCUUGCAAGUCUCACUGCGGCCAACUCGAAAGGACGAGUCAAAAUAGUGUCUUCACCCGUGUCGCUUGAUAACGCCAUUUUUAGAGCUUUGAAGUUCGUCUUGGAAAUUCACAGACACAAUCAAUCCAAAUUUCCCAAAGUACCCGUUCCUGACUUUAUCUUUGUCUUAGCCACUUCGCAAAAGAAGUCGCCCGAGUUUUGCUUGCUAGUCACGAGCGUCCUUCAGGCGAAGUAUCUCUCAGAGGCCAUGAUUGGUCAUCCAGUUGGAGCGCGGAUUGCGGACAAUCUUGGCAGACUUGAGCAGCUUUUUAAAUUGUCCAGUGACGCUCUAGAACAGAUGAUCAGUAACUUUGAGGAAGCAAUGGGUCAAGGGCAAUUUGUUUUUGUUCCAUUCAAUGGUUUUGCGAGGACAAAGGUGAUGGCAGACGAGGCUGCGAGAUUGGAGCCUCGGGCUCCAGCGUCCAUCUACCCGCACCAAAAACAAACCUUGUUCGCCAGUCAACAUCUGAUUGCUAAGCAACUUCUUGCUCAAGUGUGUUCCAUUGGAGAGAACAUUAAUUCUCUGGACCUGAACGGUUUCACGAGUGUGUCAGCGGCAAUCAUUGUACCGCCUUUGACAGCACUUUUCAACCAAACUGCUCAAAGACUUUGCAAGGCAGGACUCCUGGCUGAGCUUGAUUUAGAAACUGCCGACAAAGCAGCAUCGUUCAAUACGGCUGCAAAGUACGUAAUCAAACACAGUGGGAUGGACGAAACCCAAGAGGAGUUGUUAAAGCUUCUUGAGCUUGUACAAGGUCAGCCCAGGGUGCUGUUUGUGGUGGUGUUUGAUCAGGCGCAGUUCUACGCCAGUCCUCAUGGAGUUCUCGAUCUUCCGUACUACAAAGAGUUUUUAGAGGCUCGUAAUGUGAUUACUCUUUUUGUGACUGCAACGCCUUACCUCUUUCAGACCAAUUGCUCCUUCAUUGAUCCAAGUAAUGAAGUGUAUUGGUCUGAUAUUCGAACCGAGUCAGAUGGAGUUUCUGUCAGUGUAGUGGAGAAUAUUCAGAACUUAGAGACCAACGAAGGCACAUAUUUUGGAAUGAAGGAAUAUUGUGAGUCAAUUAAAUGGACGCACCAGUUUCCACUUGUAAGACAAGAUGACGCGUUUGAAAAGAUGGCCUUGAGGACAAGCAGAACAACAGAUGACGUCAAUUUGAGUGUGCUAAGGUGCUAUCUGCUUAUUCGACAUUACUGUGCUGCCAUCAUGUGGUCAGCGGGCAUCAAACCCGCCGAACCUCACUGCACGCUGAAGACAAUUCAAAUCAUGAGGGAGAUCAUUGAGUCGCCUGUCCAUAACGCGGAUGGCAGUGGUGCUAUGCUAGUUAUCCGUAUUCCAUCUGUGGAACUUGCUAAUCUGGCUUUUGAGAGUCUGAGAAACACCCGCGACAGGCUUGGAUUUCAGUUCAGAUUUUCUAUCAUCCAUGACAAUGGACACAGUGAGCUGGAAAUUGAGGAUUAUUUCUUGAAGCGGUUGAGAGUUUGGAGGGAACAAAAAGUUCCUACAAAAACCAAGAGCAAGUCAGUUGAAAGAUGGAGCCCCAAGUGUUUUGAAGAUCUUCACGAUCUUCCUUGCAUUAUCAUCAUUAGCGGUAGAGAGAGGCCUGGGGACACUUUCCCGAGGUCCUUGAAGUACAUUGACUUGAGACUGAUAGACAGAGGUUUCGUGUACCGCUCAUCGCUAGAGCUGGAAUUCAGCGCUAUAGCUUGUUACAUUGGCUCAGGCAGUGGCUCACGGGGUGUGGAGGGCAACGAGUCUAACGGACAGGCUGGUGGAGAAGCCAAAGAGGAUUCUAACACGAGCAGUGGAACAAUCUGCAGAACAAGCCACUACUCUUCUAACUACCCGCUGCCUGUGAUUCUGGUGUCGCGCUCUGUCUUCAAGGCAUUUCAAUCAGAUUUUUACGGUUAUCCUAAGCAUCUGCUACUACCUACAAGUCCCCAGACUCGGUGGGUGGGGCUAGGACGCCCGCCGGUGGUGACGUCGAAUCCACGUCACCAGUCGUUGUACUACAGAGAGUGGACGGAGCCUAAGCCCAAGCAAGUCCCAGGUCCCCAACAGAACGCGGCCAAUCGACAACCCGUCAUAACUCUGCGCAGCGCAAGUGGUGUUGUGAUAAGCCCGGAUAUCGCUGAUGUUGUGGACGAAGAUGGCAUGUCUGCUGUGGAAUCCUUUGCCGAAAACAACAAAAUGACUUCAGGUACCAGUGAGGGUGAAGACAGCAGCUGCGAAGAUUCUAAGUCAGGUGUUGAAAACGAAGCAGGGAAGAAAACGAUAGGAGAUCCAAAAGUUGCAACAAAGCACGGCCAUCAGCCAGUGUUCGGUCCUGCUCUUCUCCACCGUCUGUAUGGCAUGGCCGCCAGCUCGCGGCAGGAAUCUAUUGUUGGAGAGACAAGUAUUAACAGCAGUAACAGGAACGAGGCAGAGUCGUGUAGAACUGAGAAAUACCACCCCAGAUCAAUUCUGUUCAGUGGACCUCCCCAGGUGGGCAAGACUCACUCGUACCUGCAUUUUGUUCGUCUUCUGCAUCAAACAGUCCAGAAACUACGACGAGUCGAUGUGUACAACGAAACUGUGUGUACCCCAAAGGAGAGUUCUUUACAAACCACACCCAUCCCCUCGGGAACCAAGCAAGAGAGAAUGGCAUGGCCUGUGUAUAACGAAGUCUCCAAGCUUCCCUUUAGUUGUCUCUUGGGCGAAUACCGCUACACCAAAACCAGCAAGCUUCGAGCCCAUGCCUCUACCGGAUGCACCGUGUCGGGGGACGCCUCUGCACAACCCCUGUCCGUCAAACCGUCGCCACGGCGACCGACCUGUCCCAUGAUGCUUUCGUAUUGGGCGGCUUACGACACGUAUCAUCACUGUGACGGGUGUAAGAAUUACCGCGAGAGCAUGGGUCCUAGUUCGUCGUUGGCUUGCACAUUCACGCUGCAGUGUGGGGAGAAACUACACUUCAUCAUACCGCACAGGUGCCUGCCGAGCUUCAACUUCACCAAGGACAAGCAGCUGCGCAGUCUCCGACUCCCCGUGGUACUGACUGGCGGCAGUGGCGAGGUAGUGAAACCGCUGAAGACGGAGUCAGGGAGCGCGGAAGAAGCAGGCGGAGUUAGAAGUCCCAUAAUGAUGCCGAGCACGGGAAGACAUGAGUAUGGCCUGCUGAACCUGUACCACGCCAUGGAGGGUGAGAGCCACACCCAACUCGUGUUUGUAAAACACCACGAGAUGGCACUGUAUCACAAGGCGUGGCCAAAUCACGUGAUUGUUGGACUUCCUGUCAGUUCUGAUACACAAGGCCUGGGAGCGGCUCGCUUCUACAUCAAGGAAUUCGCCACGGAGAAUUGGAUUGCUGAGCGUGACCGUCACGCAAUCCAUGGCAAACGCGGCCAAGACGUGUGGCCUUUUAUUUUCAUGAUGGACGACUCUUGUGUCAUGUGGCAAAACCUUCUCAAACAAGAUGAGUCCUCAGCCAAGGACACAGAUGGACCUCCUUUUAUAAUGACCUCCCUUGUGAAGGUCCUUCAACAGCUGGAAAGCACACCAGACUUGAUGAACUACGGCAUGCUAGGCGUUCAACAAUAUAGCGCCGACGCCUCGGCCCCUGUGGCACAAGGGUCCUUUUCACACUGUCCGUUACACUCCUCGAUCAUGAUGAACCUCAGUAAACUACAAGGGAUCAAGUACAACCCGCAUCGGUACUGGUGGGAGGAUGUGGACCUGAGCUUGCAAGUGCUGGCUGAUGGAAUCCCCACCUGUCGUUUCAACCAUCUGGUUGUUGCUAAGAAGUUCAUAGAGACGGGUGGUAACACCGCCUUCAAGGAGGAGCCAGCCGUCAAUGCGGAAGGAAGCAACCACAACAAAGAGCUCCUACCUGGGGAUAAACUAGUGACUGCUCCUGAUCGAGAGGAUGCACCCUACCUCCCGGUCCCCGCGUACUACCUCCUGGAGCGGUACCUGGAGCUGAUGGGUGCGGCUCGGCUCUUUCCCGAAGCUGUAGAUAACUCAGAUCAUCCAGUCCUUGUGGUAGAUUGUUAUGUUAAUCUUGGUCCGAGGAUCUGUUUGGAGUUUGUCAGUUCCCGCAGCACGGACAAAAGCAAGAAGAGCGACAAACAGGACACCAGGUAUGGUGGCUUGUUGCUUUAUUUCUGCCGUCGCUCAGUGUCAGCGGCCUUCCUCGCGCAGUUCAAGUUCGCCCCACGCUCUCGCCUAUGUCUGGUGUGUCAGGACCGGAACACGCUCAGACAGGAAGUAGCGCGAUUAGACUUGGAAGAGCAUUGGCGCUUCCGGCUCCGGGACGAGUUUCAGACGGCGAACAGCCCAGACGAACCUGCUCUUUACUUUCUGACUGGAAAGCACGAUGACUAAGUAGAUAAAUCUAAAGAACUCGUUUUGUGCGAAAGAAGGCGUGAAGGAGAUGUUAUCGCUCUCUGAGAUACGUGGAACAUUACAUGGUACAACAUGUGUUCGGCUCUUAACGUAUGUGCAUCUUCCGACACAUUUCCGGCUUCCGAAAAAUCUUCGGUUUCCGACACAUCUUCGGUUUACUAAUUUGUAAACGACAGACGAAAAAUCCUACGGUUUCUUUAACUGGAGUUCCAAACCAAUGCCUUGACCUAUCUCAACAACGAGGCUCAAAGUGUGAAACACAAAAGCCUAAAUUCGACGAGUGUUUCCUCUGUGCUAUCAAGGAACAACUGAAAGGUCUUUCAAACGAGUUUUAAUCUCGUGGUAUCUUCUUAUAAGUAUGUAUUCCUGGAGAUAUGAAACUCUUAUUUAGAAGUUCCUCAAGACUUCUCUUGUAUUUAGCCUCGAGCUAGGCUCAAUAUUUUCUAUUUAAUAUAACCAGAACACAGUUUCUGCUUGGUAUUGCUGGCUAAGCAAGGAGUAUAUUUUAUAAUUAUGGUUACAUUCGAGUUGGUGAGAUCAAGAAGAUAUAUUAUAUUCACCGACAGAUUCAGUAUAUAUUAGGACAGUCAGGGUGUUUCAAAAUAUGUUGUUCACUGUUUUUUAUUGUUCGCGAAUACGUCCAACUUUCAGCCAAGGUUUAAAUUUGUUGCUAUUUUUUCUCUCGCUUUCGUUUUAUCCUAGGGAGUUUCCCAAAGAGAAGUUCCCCCAGUAGAGCGUAAAAGUAAAGCGAUUUUUCUAAACGAGGUUUUCAGCAUGUUUUAGAAGAAAAAUUACGUUGUACAAGGUACAUUGCUGUUGGUAGAAAAACAACAUUAUGGGAAAGUGCAUUUGUAUUUGUGGACGUUACAGUAAGUCCGUUAUUAAGUUAUUAUUAUUUUUUAGUAAUAUGAAUGAAUUUGAAUCAUUUGUAAGUAUUUUUAUCUAUAACUCGAGAGCUUAUCACUACCUUGAUUUUAUCGUAAGAGGUUACAUCGCCAGAAAAAGUUCUUUUAUUUUAGUUUUAUCGUAUUUUUCCUUUACCUCUUGUCUCGAGGCUAGCAAGCACUCGCGCAAAGCAAAGAAUAAGGUAAUAUAUCGUGAGGUAACUCCUUUGAUAAGAGAAAAUUGAGCUAUAGAGUAGUAUGACAGGACUUUGUUCACAGGGAAAAUUAUGAACGUUGAAGAAAUGAGUUUUGACAAUGUUGGCUUCUUCCCUGGCGACGCUGGGGCUCGAACAGAAUGGCAGUCUGGAAACCAGAAAUCUGGCAGAGGGGAAACUCAGUGUUGUUUGGGGGGAUGGGGGAGGGUGGCCCCAGACUCCCAUCGGCCGAAAGUCCACUGUUGCUUUCAAAGGAGACUAGAAAAAUUGCACUUUCAUAGUUCUAAGAUGAAACGCUCGGUUGAGGGAAAAAAAAAAAGGAGAACAAGAGAAAUUUUGUCUUUCAUAGGCGCUUUCCGGAAACACAACUUUGUUGAAAACAGUGAAGAAAGCGUUCAAUUAUGUUUUGCAAUUUAUAUUCCCCAACGUUAUGAGUAAUGCUCAGCACCAAACCAAGUGGCAGUGUUUUGAUCGAGAAGUAAUUUUGGAUUAAACUAAAUUACUCAAUACGAGAAAAUUGAAAACUUACCUUCCAAACUAGUUCAAAGGUAUAUAAGAUACAAUCCUUGCGUAUAUCGCUGAAAAUUAUUGUAAUCGUACGUGUAAAUUAUGAACUCAUUAAAAAUACUGAAUUUAGAGAAUUGUG